AUGGGCAAAAGCUGUGGUUCAUCGCCCCUCCCGACGCAGAACUGGAUCCUGCUUCUGGGUAGCCCAGUCGCUUUGCUGGAUCCGGUUCACGCGCACGGCCUUCAGCUGAAGCGAAUCGUUGACAGCCUCGGAGCCAGGAGUUGCAAUCCGGCCUCGACGUCAGAAGAUGCGCGGGCCUGCGCGAGCACAGCUGAACGGUCUUCCGGGCUGAGGGGCUUGGUGCAAUGUCUCCAGGAGCCGGGUACGGCGCUGUAUCUCCCAACAAUGUGGCUGCAUGCAACGUUGAACGUGGGCGAUGCGGUGGCCUUCGCUCUGCAAGGCAACAUGUUCGCUGGCGCGCACGAGGUCGACAUGCCGGAGCAGCUGGCGCGCGGAUCUGCUGAAAGUCUGUCUUACAACCUGAUCUUCUGCCUCAACGAAAACCGCAUGGACGAGGCCCUCACGCUGGCGAGGAGGAUGAUCGAAGUGGCGCCCAGGGACCUUCGCCCGCACUUCUACGUGGCCGAGAUCCUCGGAAUCUCGGGAGCUGGCGCCGAGGCAGUGGAACAGAUGGAGAAGGCUGUAGAGGUGGCCCUGGCACUUGCAGCGGAAGAGCCUCCGGCGCCCAAGGAGCUGGUGGCUGUAUGGUUGCUGCGCAUUGCCUAUGCGUUCUGCGGACCUCUGGAGAGUAUCCCGAGAGGCGCCGAGAUUGUGGCGCAAGCGCUCGAGUACGACGCGAAUGCCCUGGUGGGCCACCAGAUCGGAAACAUCUUGGAGGAGUGCAGCAAUGUGGCCCAAGAGAUGGCAGAGGAGAUGGAACCGUGA